AUGGUCAGCUCCUGUUGUGGCUCUGUCUGCUCUGAGGAGGGCUGUGGCCAAGGCUGCUGCCAGCCCAGCUGCUGCCAGCCCACCUGCUGUAGGCCCAGCUGCUGCAGGCCCACCUGCUGUGUGUCCAGCUGCUGCCGCCCAUGCUGUAGCAGUUCCAGCUGUUGUGGAUCCACCUGCUGCCGCCCCAGCUGCUGCAUUUCCAGCUGCUGCAGGCCUUCCUGCUGCCGCCCCACCUGCUGUGUUUCCAGCUGCUGCAGGCCUUCCUGCUGCCGCCCCACCUGCUGUUUUUCCAGCUGCUGCAGGCCUUCCUGCUGCCGCCCUAGCUGCUGUGUGUCCAGCUGCUGCAGGCCCUCUUGCUGCACCUCCAGCUGCUGCAGGCCAUGCUGUAGCAGUUCCAGCUGUUGUGGAUCCAGCUGCUGCCGCCCCAUCUGCUGCAUUUCCAGCUGCUGCAGGCCUUCCUGUUGCCGCCCCAGCUGCUGUGUGUCCAGCUGCUGCAGACCUCAGUGCUGCAUUUCCAGUUGCUGUCGCCCCACCUGCUGCCAGACCACCUGCUGCCGCCCAGCCUGUUCUAGUGGUUCUUGCUGCUGA